AAUCAGCUGCACGAUACGUCUUGCGUUGCUACGUGACGCACAGAGUAAAUAGGAAGUGAAACAUUAUGCUGAAAGUUUUGGCGUCAAUAAUGUCCGCCUUGUUUUUGGCAGGAUUCCUUUUGUAUUAAAGGAUAAUGUUUAUUAAUGCAAAUAAAUACACGGAUUUGGGUUCUCAGGUUGCCAUGGUGAGCAGGUCCAGCAGAGAGAUAUGAUGACCUCUACUUGUAAUCAGGGGGUGACCUCCACAGAAGUCGUGGAGUCAUUUGAGUUUGUGUCACACCCUGAACCUUCAGACUGCACUUACACCUCGGACCACACGCACUCCUCAGAGGCAGUGAGGGACAGACCUAGGCUGAGGAGCAGGCUGGUGUCUGCAUGGAACAGUGUGAAGUACGGAGGCUGGAAUUUAAAAGCCAAAUCUCGUCUGAAUAAAAACUCUCCUGUGUGUAUGCUGGGCCACACAUACCACCUGAGCCAUGAAGGUGAGAAGAAUCUGUUCCGGUGUGUUUUCUCGUCUCUAUUCUGGAUGACCUACAGGAGAGGCUUCUCUUCUUUACAUGGAUCAUCUCUGACCUCAGACAGCGGGUGGGGCUGCACGCUGCGCUCUGCCCAGAUGCUGCUCGCACAGGCACUGAAGAUACACACACUGCCUGCAGGGUGGACGUGGCCAGGGGCUCAUCACCAGACCAGAGAUGACCUGGAGCUCAGACACUCUCAACCCUUUAUGCUGGGAUUGGGACGGAGCCAGAGGGGUGGGCAGAGGAGGCGGAGUGAGGGUGCCGUACUGGAUGAGGAUGAGAAAGGGCAGGAGAGCAGACAUCAGCGUCUAGUGGCAUGGUUUGGGGACACGCCAUCUGCUCCUUUCAGCCUGCAUAAGCUUGUGGAGUUUGGGCGGUCGUCAGGGCAACGGGCGGGUGACUGGUACGGCCCAUCAGUCUCCGCUCACCUGCUGCGGAAGGCAGUAGCAGCAUCUGAACUGAGUGACCUGGCUGUAUAUGUGGCACAGGACUGCACCGUGUAUGUGGGAGAUGUGCUGAGACUGUGUGGAGAGUGUCAGCGUGAGCUCUCGACAAGAUUUCGCCCUGUUGUCAUCCUGGUGCCUGUGAGACUUGGCGGAGACACACUGAACCCUGUGUAUGUCCCUCAUGUGAAGAGACUGCUUGAGCUGAAGAGUUGUGUGGGGAUAAUCGGAGGAAAGCCGAAGCACUCGCUGUACUUCGUGGGGUUUCAGGAUGACCAGCUGCUGUAUUUGGAUCCUCAUUUCUGUCAGCCUGCUGUGGAUGUCAGUCAGCCCAGCUUCCCCUUAGAGUCUUUUCACUGUAAGACGGUGAGGAAGCUGCCGUUUCACCGCAUGGACCCCAGCUGCACCUUGGGCUUCUACGCUAGGAACAGAAGGGACUUCGACACUCUAUGCUCUGAUGUUACCACGGCUCUGACCUCAUCCACAGACACGUACCCCAUCUUCACCUUAGCAGAGGGCAGCGGACAAGCCCAGCGCGAGCAGCUGGAGCUGACCUUUGACCCAGGAGUGCACAUUUCACCCAAAAGCAAAGGAAGACAAAAGAGUAAGCAGAGCAGCAUGGAGGAAUUUGUGCUGGUGGGAAUGCUGGCUCAGUCACAGUAAGGUCUGUUCCCAGAUCAGACACUGACGUAAAACAGGUCAUUCACCAGCCCACGGGUCAGAAUCAGCAGCUUAGAGCCUAAAGUUCACACGCAGUAAUCAACCAGCAGCGAUAAGCUUGUAACUUGCAGCAGUGAGCUUCCUAGUGCUGUUUGUCUUAAACUAGUGACUGUAAGCUUUCAGCUAGCAAGAAGGAAACAAUACAGGAAGAUGGGCAGGGAAAUGUGGGUGGAGAUGAUCACAUCUGGGUCGUAUGUAUGUUUGUGAUAUCGUUUUCAUCAGUAUCGUCCAUCCCUCCAUCCCUACAGCACUAAAAGCUCAGCUUCAUAUGAUUGUAACAUACAUCUGUAUGCACACACAAACAUUAUUGUGUGUGUGUGUGUGUGUGUGUGUGUGUGUGUGUGCAUGUGUAUGUAUAUGCGCGUGUGUGUGUGUGUGUGUGUCUGUGUCUGUGUAUGUAUGUAUGUGUCUGUGUGUGUGCGUGCGUGUGUGUGUGUAUGUGUGUGUGUAUGUGUGUGUAUGUGUGUGUGUGUGUAUGUGUGUGUGUGUGUGUGUGUGUGUGUGUGUGU